AGGCAUAAACGAUCUUUGAGGUGACGCAGAUUUCGCGCGAAACUUGUUUUGGGAAGCUAAAGUGAAAAAAAGGACAGGCAUUAGAAAUGAGUAAAAAAGAUAACGUGGCGACUCUCAUCCUUGCCUAUCUGAAUGAGAAGAACCGCCCCUACAGCGCUCAGGAUGUCUUUUGUAAUUUACAAAAGCAGCAUGGAUUGGGCAAAACGGCAGUGGUCAAAGCCAUGGAGGUGCUGGCACUAGAGGGCAAGAUAAAGGAGAAAACAUAUGGCAAGCAAAAGAUUUAUUUUGCUGAUCAGGCCCAGUUCAAAGAAGUGAAGGAUGUAGACAUGAAGGCCUUGGACUGUCAGAUCUCUGAGCUCAGUGAAGAGGUGCAGUCCCUCAACCAGAUCUGCAGACAACUAGACGCAGAGGUGAAGGAGCUCAGCAGCUCCCUGACAACAGAGGAAAUGCUGUCAGAGAUCCGAGAGCUGAAAGCAGAGUGUGCUGGGUACAGAGCACGUCUGGAGAAGAUAAAGUCGGCCACAAAUCACGUCACACCGGAAGAGAAAGAAAAGGUUUACAAAGAGCGGGAUGUUUACGUGAAAGAGUGGAAAAAGAGGAAGAGAUUGGCUUCAGACAUGAUAAAUGCAAUCCUGGAAGGGUAUCCUAAGAGCAAAAAGGAAUUCCUGGAUGAAGCUGGAGUGGAGACUGAUGAGGACUGUAAGGUGGUUGUUCCAAGUACUUGAAAAAACAAGAAAACUCUUUUUCAUCCACUUCAUCAAUGUAAGCUCGCGCAAUACUUAGCUAAGAAUAGAUUAGACAUCAGAGCAGUCUGAGCCGAUUCCUUUUUUAUACCUUUCCUUUUGAACAAAUAGCACAAAACUUUUGUAAUUUAAAGUAUAUUUAUGCUAAAGUAGCUCAGUCCUUUUCGACACACUAGCACUACGUCACAUCAUUAGAUACCCCUGAGGGAUGCUUGUUACCUCAACAUUAGUCUAUUUUUUCCCCUUUUUAUAAGCCAUAAAACCAAUUCCGAUGAUGAAAAUGUCAACUAAUUAUUCAUUAUAGCUUUGAGAGCUGCGCUUUAUUAUUAUUGUGUUUUUCUUAUUACAUGUUAAAGUCUGUCUUGCUGCAGUUUUCUUUGUGGUUUUUCUAUGUACAAUUUUCAUUGUGUAAAGCAUGUAGGUUAGUCAUGGCCUUCAGGUAUUAUCAUCUUUUGUACUGUUUCUUCACUCUAUAUUGCUGUCAAGUUAUUAAAUGUUCAUGACAGUAA